AUGUCCUGGGAGGCAGUGUCGAAAAAGGCGCAGGCGGAUUUGUUGAACUCCCUUCCUGCCAAGUGGACGAUUGACGCUGAAGCUUUUACAGCGGUGACGAAUGUCUCCCAAAUACCAAAGACAUGCGGGAUCCUGAGUCACCGCCAGAUUCAGAUUACGGAGCUCACUGCGACAGAGUUGGCUAAAAACAUCGCGUCUGGCCAGUUGAGAGCAGUGGAAGUUUUGGAGGCGUUUGCGGCCCGUGCUGCGAUUUCCCAUCAAUUGGUUCACUGUCUCACUGCAUGGUUCCUAGAAGAGGGGAUCCGACAAGCCCAGCACCUGGAUGAGAUCCUUGACUCUGGGGGAAAACCCCUGGGGCCUUUGCAUGGCGUUCCGGUUGCACUGAAGGAUUCUUACAGCAUGAAAGGUCACCCAACCACUCGCGGAUACGUCAUCAAUAAAGACGACGUACAACAUCACGAUGAUGCUAUCGUAGCAACACUACGCGCUGCGGGUGCGAUCUUCUUUUGUAGAACCACUAUGCCUCAAACGGGCAUGGCUUUGGAAACAGUCAGCAACCUAUGGGGCCGCACUUUGAAUCCAUUCAACACCAGGCUCGUUGCUGGAGGGAGCUCUGGCGGAGAUGGUGCUUUGGUAGCCAUGAGAGGUUGCCCUAUUGCACCAUCAUCAGAUAUUGGCGGUUCUAUUCGUAUUCCGGCUGCUUUCAAUGGUCUUUAUGCCAUUCGGCCCACCUCGCUUCGGAUCCCCAAAGCGGCGUGGGGAGGAUCGAAGACAGGUCAGACCUCGAUUCGAGAUUCGGUGGGCCCUGUCUGUCAUUCUGUUGAAGACGUCCGGAUGUUUACGCAAAUUCUUACUGGAGAUCCGACAAACAGAUAUGACGUCUGCAGUGUCCCCAUUCCCUGGAGAGAUGUCUCACUACCUAAACGAAAGCUGGUAGUGGGUAUAAUGACAUGGGAUGGUGCAGUUAUGCCUCAGCCACCUGUUCUUAGAGUCAUCGCUCAUACAAGACAGGCACUCAGUGAAGCUGGAUUUGAAGUCAUUGAAUUUGAACCACCAUUCGACUGCUGGGAGCUCGCAAAAUGCACGUUUGACAUCUACUUCCAAGAAGCUGGCGAAGGGACCCUUGCAAAGCUCAAACCUACAGGGGAACCGCUAAUUCCGGCGUUUGCAGAUCUGCUUAAGGUCUAUAAUGCACGCCACCUCACCGCGCUGCAGCUUUGUCAUCUUAACAUGAAGAUGCGGGAGUUCAAGGAACAAUUUGCGGACGCCUGGAUGCAAACAGACCGGCUCACUACAUCUGGACGCCCUAUGGAUGCUUUGAUUUGCCCUGCUGCACCUUCCGCGGGCGCACCGCACGACUACAAUGCAUAUUGGGGUUACACAUCGAUGUUCAACUUUCUCGACUACCCAUCAACAAUCUUACCUGUGGCUAAUUUUAAAAUUGAUCCUCGAAUUGAUCAUCUCGAUGCAACAUAUCAGCCACUGAUGUCGAAUCCUUACGACAACGCGUACCAGGCGAUGUAUAAUGCGGAGCUCUUUGUCAACCAACCGUCUAGCAUACAAGUUGUUGGACGCCCGUUCGACGAUGAGGAACUUAUCGAGGUCACUUCUGAGAUCGACAGUAUCCUUAAGGUGACGAGGCAAGUUAAAUCAAAUCUUUAG